UGUUGUUGUUAGACUGUGUGUAGGACCCAAGUGCUGAGCUUCUGGCCUGGUGUGCUCUUCCUCUCUCCUCUGCCCCUGGAGGAGAAGUCAGCAGUGCCCCGUGGCCCUGGGAGGCAUGUUCAGGAAGGCCGGAGCCUCGCUCACCCGGUGCUUGCACCACUCUCUCACCAUGUCCAAACGACUCCCUGCUCGAAGGCUGGAUGGAUUGGAAUACAACCCCUGGGUGGAGUUUAUCGAACUGUCCAAAGAGUAUGAAACUGUGAACUUGGGCCAGGGCUUCCCCAACUUCCCACCCCCAGACUUUGCUGUGGAAGCUUUUCAGCAGGCCGUCAGCGAGGACUUCAUGCUCAACCAGUACACCAUGGCCUUUGGUUACCCACCCCUGACAAAGAUCCUGGCGAGUUUCUUUGGGAAGCUGCUGGGACAGGAGUUGGACCCACUUGAGAACGUGCUGGUGACCGUGGGUGCCUACGGGGCCCUGUUCACAGCCUUCCAGGCCCUGGUGGACGAAGGAGAUGAGGUCAUCAUCAUCGAACCUUUUUUUGACUGUUAUGAGCCCAUGACAUUGAUGGCUGGGGGUCGCCCUGUGUUUGUGUCCCUGAAGCCGAGCCCCACCCAGGAUGGGGAGCUGGAUUCCAGCAGCAACUGGCGGCUGGACCCCACAGAACUGGCCAGCAAGUUCACAUCCCGGACCAAAGCCCUGGUCCUCAACACACCCAACAACCCCCUGGGAAAGGUGUUCUCCAAGGCGGAGCUGGAGCUGGUGGCCAGGCUGUGCCAGCAGCAUGACGUGCUCUGCAUCUCGGAUGAGGUGUACCAGUGGCUGGUCUAUGACGGG